AUGGCUCCCGUGAGAGGGGCUGUGCAGGUUGGAAUGAUAGAUGGAUUGGAGGACUUUGCCUACGCGGUUGUUGGUGUCAAUCAGAUGCCAGAGCCAUUUAGACAGGAGGGAAAUGUUGAAAGAGCGGAGGUUGGAGACCCCAAGGCCCCCACUGGCUUGGAUCGCGCUGCCCCCGCCUCCUGGCACCGGUCGUCCACCUGCGACGAAUCCGGCGCCUCCGUCGUCUCCAUCUCGCUCUCCGGCCUCAACCUCUCCGGAGAGCUCAAGUUCUCGACCCUGACCUCAAUGCCGAACCUACGAACCCUAACCCUAAGCGGCAACAGCUUCAGCGGCCGCUUAGUCCCUUCCGUUGGCUUGAUCCGCUCCCUCCAGUAUCUCGACCUCUCUGGUAACCGCUUCUACGGCCCGGUACCGGCCCGAAUCGCCGAUCUCUACAACCUCGUUCACUUGAAUCUCUCGCAUAACGACUUUGAAGGCGGCUUCCCGACCGAGAUCCGCAAUCUGCAGCAGCUUAGGGUUUUGGAUCUCAGAUCGAAUAGGUUCUGGGGAGAUGUGAAGGUUCUCCUUUCGCAGCUGAGGAAUGUGGAGCAUGUAGAUUUGAGUAGGAAUCAGUUCUUUGGUGAGUUUUUCCUGGAUUCGGUGAAUUUCUCGGCCAUGGCGAGUACGGUGAAGUACUUGAAUUUGAGUGGGAAUCAGAUUUUUGGAGGGUUUGGUAAGAAUGUAGGGUUGUUUAGGAAUUUGGAGGUUUUGGAUUUGGGGUUGAAUAAGCUGAGCGGAGAGCUGCCGGAGUUGGGUUCUAUGUCGAAUUUGAAGGUUUUGAGGGCCGGAAGCAAUUUUUUGUAUGGGCCGAUACCGGAGGGGUUGUUUGAGAGUAGAGUGCAGUUGGAAGAGAUUGAUCUCAGUAAGAAUGGGUUUACAGGUUCUAUCCACUCUAUCAACUCAACAAAUCUAAAGGUUUUGAACCUCUCUACGAAUUCACUGUCAGGUUCACUGCCUUCUAGCACCGGGAGCUGUACGGUCGUUGAUUUGAGUGAAAACAUGAUAUCUGAUGACUUGUCUGUGAUUCAGAACUGGGGAGGUACGCUGGAGGUUGUUGAUUUGAGUUCAAAUUUGUUAUCAGGAAGCUAUCCGAAUGAGACAUCACAGUUUGGGAAUCUAAUAUCUAUCGUGCUUCGAAAUAAUUCUAUUACUGGUUCUCUUCCUUCUGUAUUAGGAAGAUAUCCAAGAUUAUCUGUAGUUGAUUUUAGUUUAAACAAACUCCGUGGACCUAUUUUGCCAAACCUUAUGGCAUCAUUAACAUUGACAGCUUUGAAUCUAUCUGGAAAUCAACUGACGGGAACAAUUCCAAUACAAACCUCGCGUUCUACAGAGUCACUUGUUCUGCCUUAUUAUCCUCAUUUGGUCAGCCUUGAUUUAUCUGAUAAUUCGUUAACUGGCUCCUUGCCUGCGGAAAUCGGUAAGCUGCAAAAGCUUAAAUUGUUCAAUCUGCGAAGCAAUGACUUGUCUGGAGAGCUGCCAAAUGAGAUAAGCAAGCUGGGUGAGUUGGAUUAUAUUGACCUAUCUGGGAAUAACUUCAGCGGUAUGAUUCCGGACAUGCCUCAAAUGGGUCUCAAGCAAUUUAAUGUUUCAUACAAUAACCUUUCAGGCAUUGUUCCUGAAAGUUUAACAAAAUUUCCAGCUUCCUCUUUUUAUCCUGGAAACGUUCUACUAGUUUUCCCAGGUUCAACACCUGGAGGAAAAAAUAGCAGUGGAGUCGUUGACAAUGUGAGUCAUCAACAGAGGACUUCCAAGUCUAGCUUUCAAGUAGCAUAUAUUGUUGGUUCUAUUGGUGCUGUCUUGCUGAUUUUCUUUGUGUUCAUGGCAUUCUAUAAGUUAAGAUCACAAGAAAUUUGUGGAAGAAACAGGUUUGGAGACCGUGCUACUGGACGAGAUGCUAAGCUUGGAGUAUUUGGUCCCCCUGCUAUGUUUAGAACUCCAAAAGAGGAUACUCUGCAAACUUCCAUGAGUUUUUCUAAUGAUCACUUACUAACUUCAGGUUCUAGAUCAAUGUCUGCUCAGAAAGAGUUAUUAACUGAAACUGUGGAAUAUGGUUUUUCUGAUAUAAAGGAAGGCUGUAAACUUGAUACUUUGGAACAGGGUCAGCCAGGACGCAAGUCUUCCUCAGAGCCUCCAUUAUCUUCUUCACCUCGUCUUAUUGAUCCACGGAUGCUUGAGCAGCCUGUUCUGCUGGAUGUUUACUCACCAGACAGGUUGGCUGGAGAGUUAUUCUUGUUGGACAACUCCUUAGUUUUCACAGCUGAAGAGUUGUCUCGUGCUCCAGCAGAGGUUCUUGGCAGGAGUAGCCAUGGAACAUCAUAUAAAGCAACACUGGAUAGUGGUCAUAUGUUGACUGUCAAGUGGUUAAGGGUUGGUCUUGUGAAGAACAAGAAAGAGUUUGCUAAAGAAGCUAAAAGAGUUGGAACCAUUAGACAUCCGAAUAUUGUCCCCUGGAAGGGCUACUACUUGGGUCCAAGGGAGCAAGAAAGGUUGAUUGUAUCUGACUAUGUUAAUGGCGAGAGUUUGGCACUUUAUCUUUAUGAGUCAACCCCAAGAAGAUACUCCAGGCUCUCAGUUAACCAAAGGCUGAAAAUUGCAAUCGACAUGGCUCGAUGUUUACACCAUCUCCACAAUGACAAAGCCUUGCCUCAUGGUGAUCUAAAGCCAACAAACAUACUUCUAACUGGCCCUGAGCUCUCUGCUAGGCUAACUGACUACGGCCUUCAUCGUCUUCUCACACCAAACGGCAUUGCUGAGCAAAUACUAAAUCUGGGAGCACUCGGCUACAGAGCACCAGAACUGGCAGAAACAACCAAACCUCUGCCCUCAUUUAAAGCCGAUGUGUAUGCCUUUGGUGUGAUAUUAAUGGAGCUCUUAACUCGAAGAAGUGCUGGCGAUAUUAUUUCAGGCCAGUCUGGGGCUGUAGAUCUCACUGAUUGGGUUCAAAUGUGCACCAGAGAAGGUAGGGGAACAGAUUGCUUUGAUAGGGAGAUUGCUGGGUUGGAGGAAGCUCCGAAGGCAAUGGAUGAACUGCUUGCUGUUUCUCUCAAGUGUAUUCUACCUGUAAAUGACAGGCCUAACAUAAGAACAGUGUUAGAUGAUCUCUGUUCUAUAACUGUGUGAGAUUUUUUCCCCCUUCUCUGUACAUGAAAUUGGAUGAGUUCCCAUUUUUUUUACCUGGGUUUUUUUUUUUGGCCUUUUUAAGUCAAGGCUGGCUUUUGAUGUUAGUGUAAAGAAAAGAUUGAUCCGUUGAUUUGUUGAUUGGUUGUGGUUUGUGUUGAGAGAAAAUCAUUCUUACAUUGAAGAAUUUACUGUCACUGUUCAUUA